AUGUCAGUUGCAGCAUCCAAGCCGGCGGUGCCAGAGAAGAAACCUGUCAAGUUCAGUAAUCUUCUACUGGGUGCAGGCCUUAACAUGUUCGAAGUUACGACUCUGGGACAGCCACUGGAAGUCACGAAGACGACCAUGGCUGCCAACAGAGGUGACAGCUUUGCGAGUGCUCUGACACGUAUUUGGGGUCGAGGUGGUGUGCUUGGCUUCUACCAAGGUCUCAUCCCAUGGGCCUGGAUUGAAGCCUCCACCAAAGGCGCCGUCCUCCUCUUCGUCGCUUCGGAAGCCGAAUACUACGCUCGCACCUUUGGCGCCGGCGACUUCACCGCUGGUAUUAGUGGAGGUGUCAUGGGAGGAGUCGCGCAAGCAUAUGCCACCAUGGGCUUCUGCACCUGCAUGAAGACAGUCGAGAUUACUAAAUCGAAGCUCGCAGCUCAAGGCGUCAAGCCCCCAGGCACCUUUGCAACAUUCAUGGAUAUCUACCGCAAGGAAGGAGUCAAGGGUAUCAACAAGGGCGUGAACGCUGUGGCCAUCCGCCAGAUGACAAACUGGGGAUCCCGGUUCGGUCUCUCGCGUUUGGCAGAGCAGGGGAUUAGACAGGCGACAGGGAAAGAUGAGGGAGGCAAGCUGAAUGCGUGGGAGAAGAUCUUGGCUUCUGCUCUGGGUGGUGGGCUUAGUGCUUGGAACCAGCCCAUUGAGGUUAUUCGUGUGGAGAUGCAGAGUAAGACGGUGGAUCCUAACCGACCAGCUAAGAUGACGGUCAAGAAUACGCUGCAGUAUAUCUACGCGCAAAAUGGUGUUAAGGGCUUGUAUCGGGGCGUUGUUCCUCGUAUUGGUUUGGGCGUUUGGCAGACUAUUUGCAUGGUUGCUAUGGGUGAUAUGGCCAAGGCUUACGUCGAGAAGCUUACUGGCGAUGCUGUCACAGCUAAGCAUUAG